CACUGCCCGUUACCAGCGCAAACGCCGCCAACUCGAGAUGUCUAUUGACGACCAAGGCAUUGCCGCCCUCACGCCUCCAGCUGAGCACCAUAGCGGCGCUGGCUCCCCUGCCGACUACAGUUCGCCACAGUACUUCCACAGCCCCGCUGCAGACUCUGCUCGCCGCUCCUCCAACGGCCGCACUCUCGUCCCUACGCCUGCCUUAUGCGCAGCAAAUUCCCCCGGCACCGUUGCCACGACGUCUUCCACAUCUAGCAGCGGCGGCCCCUGCACUCCUGCAGCGGGCGGCCCCACGGGAAGAAGCUAUGUCAUACCGCCCCGACCUAAGCCAGGCCGCAAACCCGCCACCGAUGAGCCAGCCUCGAAGCGCAAGGCGCAGAACCGGGAGUCGCAGCGAGCGUUCCGUGCGCGCAAAGCGGCCAAGGUGACAGAGCUGUCGGAGCAAGUCGAGGAGAUGCAACAAAAGCACAACGAGGAAAAGAACGAUUAUCUGAACGAAAUCAACAAUCUGCACAAGCAGCUGCAUGACGCAAAGAGGGCUUUGGACGAGCAGUUCAAUUACACAAAGCAGGUUGAGGAGGAGCGUGACUACUGGAAGGAACAGCACGACAGCGUACAACGCAGCCAGCAGAACGACUCGAACCAGAUCAACAGCCAGAUCAACGGCCGCAACGAUGCCACCGCGACCCUCUACCAGCCACCUGCAUCCCUCCACUCUCCUGCUGUUCACUCUGUCAGCAGUUAUCCUGGUUUCGGCACUCCUAUAUCGGAUGAUGUCCCUGGUGGGUGCUCCAACUGCAAGCCGGGCAACUGCGCAUGUAUCAACAAGAUGGAAGAGGACAUGAAGGAUCUGGAGAGCAUCAUGGAUCAGCCCUUCAUGCCAGCUGUACCCCUCCGUCGUCGCAACAACCGCACAACGAACGAGGUUAGCCUCUCGCUAUCGUCUGAGCCGGAAGAGAUCGACUUUACUGGCUUCGGGCGUCCAUCUACUGCUCUUCUUGACGACGACCAAAAAAUUCACGAUUCAUGCGGCUUUUGUGAGAAUGGGGGACACUGCGUUUGCCGAGACGCCCGUGAGAAGCUGCAAGCUGAGGCUGAGCUUGUAGCGCCACCGAGUCGUAGUUCCUCGCAGCAGAAAAAGCUCGUUCUACCUGGUGGUUGUGACGAAUGUCAGACAAAUCCGGCUCGACGAGCCUGGUGUCUGCGUGUUGCACAGCUUCGUUCAGAGGAAGGUCCCCGCUCGAGACGUAAUUCAGGUCCCAGAAGCCCAAAGAUUGACACUCUGGAGCCUCCCGUUGUCUCCCAGAUCGACAUGAACAUUAGUCGAGCGUCCCCCAUCCCGGGCAAGCGCUCCGUUGGUUGCAGUGAAACAUUCACUCUGCUCGAUGGUCGCAUUCCUAUGGACGACCCUACUGCAUUCCGCACCUUGCGACCCAUGCUUUCCGAUGGACGUCAAGACACAUUCACCAUGGAGCCGCGAGUAUACAGCGCAAUGGAGAUCGAUGCCGCCGACAUCAUCACAACAAUGCAAAAUAGCAGGGGUCCCUUAAAGCCCCGAGAUUCAGACGGCGAAUAUGCGCCUUUGGUCGCUGCUGCAGAGAAGCGUCGUCGCGCCACUCACUCGCCUGCUGUUCGCCCAACCACAGAUGAUCAGCCAACUCCCAUGGAGCUGUAAGACGUGUUCGUCUCGAGCGCUAUCUCCAGCGCGCAUCAUGUUUUCUUUUCUCUCCCAUCAUUGUUGAUACCCUUUGAGUCUCUA